AUGAUUCCUCCCAUCCCCGUUCUGGCCGAAUAUGGAAUCUCGCCGACCCAUGGCUUCCUUCCAGAUGUCUUGCCCCUGACGAGGCUUCCUGAUCCAUACUACAACAAAUGGGAGGCCAUCGCCACCAACUUUCAAAGCCUGAUUCUCAGCAAGCGGCUUCGAGGAGUCAUUGAUCGCCUCCCUGUCCUCUCGACCAUCGGUCUGGAACAUGACGCAGAAUGGCGCAGAGCCUACAUGCUCCUCACCUUCUUUGCUCACGGCUACAUCUGGGGAGGUGACACUCCCAUGGAGCGUGUGCCGCCCAGCAUUUCGGCUCCGCUGCUCAAGAUCUGCGAGCAUCUCGAGGUCCCGCCUGUGUCCACGUACGCCGCUUCGGUUCUCUGGAACUUCAAGCCCCUCUUCAUGGACGAGGAUAUCGAUGAUCUCGACAACCUCGCUACCCUGACCACCUUCACGGGUUCUCUCGACGAAUCAUGGUUCUAUCUGGUCUCCGUCGCCAUUGAGGCCCGCGGUGGUCCCAUCAUUCCGCUCAUGCUGACGGCCGUGGCUGCGGCUCGUCAAGGUGAUGCGGCGACCGUGACACGUUGCCUGCAAGCCUUUGCUGAGCGCCUGGAUGAUCUUGGCGAACUGCUCCGUCGCAUGCACGAUAAUUGCGACCCCAGCUUCUUCUAUCGGAAGAUUCGCACCUUCCUUGCUGGCAGCAAGAACAUGGCCGAGGCCGGUCUGCCCAACGGUGUCCUCUGGGAUGAUGGCACCGGAACAUCCGACUUCGUGCAAUUUUCCGGUCCCAGCAACGCGCAGAGCUCUCUGAUCCAGUUCUUCGAUGUCAUUCUGGGCAUUGAGCAUCGCCCUACCGGUGAGAAAGCCGACGCCUCAGAUUCUGAACGAGAGGGGCGUAUGCGUGGACCCACACACAACUUCAUUCAGGACAUGCGACGCUAUAUGCCCGGCCCCCAUGCUCGGUUCCUUGACGAUGUUGCUUCAAUUGCCAACAUUCGCCAGUUUGUUGAAAACCGCGCCAAGUCUGACCGGCCCCUUGCUCUUGCAUACGACGCCUGCUUGGCAAUGCUGCGUGCCUUCCGUGACAUUCACAUCGCUAUCGUUACCCGCUACAUCAUUCUUCCUUCGCGCGAGAAUCGGGCACGCAGCCGUAGCCGCAGUCCCGAGGCUGUGCGUAACCGCCAGAAUCUAGCUGUUGCUUCCAAGAAUGCCGCCCACAAGAAAGUCAAGGGCACUGGAGGCACUGCGCUGAUUCCAUUCCUGAAGCAGGCGCGGGAUGAGACGGGUGAGCCGGCUGUCGAACGGUGGGCUCACAAGUUCAUGACCCGGCAGACGCGUGCCACCGGUCAGGGCGACUUCUUCCUUGGUAAACCCGAGGAACCAGAGCUCAUCGAUGAGCCUGUCGUUGAGAACGGGUUGGCCGGUACUUGGACCAUAGAUGAUGACGUCGGUGGAAUCUGCCACUACUAG